CCCGUCGGCCGGUAGGGUAAACAAGGCGCCGGCCAUCUUCAUCUGAGGGGCUUCGUCGGGGGAGGAGACGCCGCCGCCUUCUUCGCCUUUUGCUGGCGAAACGGAGGAAAUAAUGGGCGCUCCACCUCACCGAUCCGGCUAGAUGAGUUGGAAAAGCGGUGCUGGUCCGACUGUCGAAGCCGACAUGGAGAUGCUGGUCAACGAGGAGCGGCCGAAGCCGGACCCGGGCAAGACGGCUGUGGCUCCGUGGGGCGGCGAGGCCGAGGCCGACGACUGCUACGACAGCGGCAUCAGCUCUCUGAGUGAGAUGCCGAGCCGCCACUUCGACCCGUUCGACGAGGCCAAGGCGGCAGGCGAACCCGAGUCCCAGCCCGACGUGUGGCCGAGCAGCGAGCGGAGGCUGGAGGGCGGCGUCGGGCACAUCACCCGCGGCCUGGAGCGGGUGGAGCUCCAGGACGGCGAGAAGAGCGACGUGAUCUGGAUGUUGGGCUACUGCACCGAGGACCUGGACUCGAUACUGCACCUGACCAUCAUUCAUGAAGAAGAUUGCUUGCUGGAGCGCCUUCUCUACUAUAUCAAGGGUACGGAUUUUCUCAACCUGCAAAACAACAUGAAGCAGACCGCACUGCACUUGGCAGUGAUCCUCGAGCGACCAGAUUUUAUAAAGAAGCUGACAGCGGCUGGAGCGAGCCUCUUGCUUCAAGAGAAGGAUGGGAACACUGCCUUACACCUCGCUUGCAAGGAAAUGGCACUUGCCUGUGUCCAGGCACUCCUGUUUCACCAUUCCAGUGACCUACACUAUUCCAAUUUGGUGGACCCUUCACAAUUCAAACAGCAGCUACAUUUCUAUAACUACCAAGGUUUAACACCCCUCCACUUGGCAGUAAUACUUAAUGAUGUUAAGAUUGUGGAGUAUCUUCUGCAGUUUGAACUGGACAUAAAUGCAAAGGAGAAGUGUGCAGGUCGGACUGCAUUACAUUUGGGAGUAGAAAAGCAGAAUCUUCACAUCGUCAGACUCUUACUAAAGAGGGGAGCAGAUGUUCAUGCCCAGAUGUACAAUGGCUACACACCAAUUUGUCUGGCGGUGUUCUUGCCCGAUUCUGGAAUAACCCAAAUGCUCAGAGACUAUGGCUCUUCAGAACCAAUUACAGAUGAUGAGUCAGAUGAAGAUGAAGGAAUAGAUGAAGAUGGUGUGGGAGAGUAUGAUGACUUUGUGGUGCACGGAUAUUAAUGGAAGAUCAGAAAACCCUGCAGUGUCAUAUUUAAAGAUUAAAAUUAGCAUUAAAGUGGUUCAUUCGGACUGCUGUGAAGAACCUUUAGUCCCUUUUUAAUUGUCGUGUAACUUUUGCAUUGAAGCAAUAUCUUGCAUUUGGAGUAGUUUUUAUAUCCUUGUGUUUGCAAGUAUGGAUAUGUGGUUUGAAGGUAUCUGGCUGUUGUCCGAAAAGGAUGAUCGAAAACUCGAGCAGUUCAUGCAGCGAGCAGACUCUGGGCUUUGGCAGCACGGAGAUGUGUUUUGAGGUGGAGCGCAAACUUGGACAAACAGAUCUUAGUGUUAAUUGCUUAAAUUGAAAGAUGGGGGAAUGGAGUUACAUGGAUGGGUUUGGGGUUGCAGUGAAGCAGAGAGGCUGUAUGUGAGAAGGGAGGGUAAAGUUGAUGUUUUUAAAAUGUGCUGCUGUUCCCAGUGUUUUGCUCGGUGGCAUUGCCACCCUUCAGUCGCGGCUUCAUCAACAAUGUUCUCAGCCGGAGCCCCAGAAGUGAAUCUGACACCAAGUUUUGAAGAAGUAACUCUGUAUUUCUGCUCUGCCACACCUGCCUCCUUGGCACCAAAUGAAGAACAGUUUGUGUAUGUGGACUUGUGCAAACUUGUCAGUUUUGUUACUGUGUGAAUGCUGACCGAGUUUUCUUUUUGCUGCUGGAACUUCCCAGCAAUAGUUUACCAAAUGUGCAAGAAAUUAGAGUCAGCAUUUAAGAAUUUAGGAUGCAAUGCGUUUGAAUGUGCUGUAGCAGCUUCUGUAACUCAGUGCGAUUUGAUUCCUCCCUCUUGGUCAGAUAAAGAUAAUAGAUAUGUCACUGCACAUUUAGAGACUACUGAUAGACAUAGAAUCAGCUCAUUCACAAUGUUUAGAGAAAGCAUUUACAACUUAGUAAUUCAAAAUACUCUCAUUUUUCUUUUUAACUUUCCCUUGGCUGGAAUAUGCAAACAUAUGUUAUGAGGUUAACAUAGUCUUCAUUAGGACAAGGAAGAGAACUGAAUAAAAAAAAUUGUACAUCAAAAUGAGUUUCCUCAUUUCAUAAAAUUAUAGAAAGUCCAUAUGUUAAGACGAAUAUAAUUUUUGAUAUUUAAAUAAGUCUUAGAGCCUAAAUAGUUUGGUUGCCUUCGUUACACUGGUGUGUUUGGUGAGACUCCUUUUGAAAGCCCGGAAGUGUAAGGGGUGGGGGAUGUACUUACUGCCACUUCCCCCUCUGCCCUUCGCUCGGACAUUUCACACGUUGUAAACACUUACCUUUUGGAGAGCCACGGUCAGUGACAGUUAUGUCCCUGCACACUGUUCAUUCUUUGCCCUUCAUCGAAGGCUUGAGCUUGGGGUUAUCCCUUUAAUUACCGCAGGUGUGAUUUGGAAAUCCCUCCUAAAGCUAGUCUCUUACCGCAAGGAGUGUUAUCAUGAAAACGUGUUUAAAAAGAUAGGUUUUCCAAUCAGAAAGAUUUUUUUUUGCCUCCAAUCUGGAUUCAGAAGAGAUCAGAAGGUCAAAGUGCAAGCCUGUGUCACUAUUCAGUGAGGUCAAAAUUGACCCUUAGCUACCUAUGCCACACACACAAAUUUCUACAAAUUGUUCUAAAUUUAUUACAAUUAUUAAACACAAAAUAAUUACAUAAUUACUCACCCCCUGCAAGUCAGUAUUUAGUAGAAGCACCUUUGGCAGCAAUUGCAGCCUUGAAUCCGUGUGGAUAGGUCUCUCGGCUUUGUGCAAUUUUUACCCCAUUCUUCUCUACAGAAACAUGGAAAACCUGCUGCUCAAGCCCUGUCAGAUUACAUGGGGAUCAUGAGUGAACAGCCCUUUUCAAGUCCAACCACACAUUCUCAAUUGGAUUGAUGCAGGGUUCUGACCUGGCCAUUCCGGGGCAUUAACUUUGUUGUUUUAAAGCCAUUCCUGUGUAGCUUUGGCAUAAUGUUUGGGGUGAUUAUCCUGCUGGAAAACAAAUCUACAGACUGCAUUGGGUUUUCCUUCAGGAUUUCCCUGUAUUUUACUGCAUUCAUUUUACCCUGUACCUUCACAAGUCUUCCAGGGCCUGCUGCAGUGAAGCAUCCCUACAGAAUGAUGCAGCCACUAUGCUAGGGAUGGUGUGUUUCUGAUGAUGUGCAAUAUUUAUGCCAAACAAAGCAUUUAGUGUGAUGGCCAAAAUGCUCAAUUUUGGUUUCAUCAGAUCAUAGAGCCCUCUUCCAGUUGACUUCAGAGUCUUCCACAUGACUUCUGGCAAACUUCAGCCGAGAUUUCAUGUGAGUUUUUUAUUUCUGCAGUGGCUUUCUCUUUGCCACUCUCCCAUAAAGCUGUGACUGGUGAAGCACCCGGGCAACAAUUGUAUGCGUAGUCUCUCCCAUCUCAGCCACUGAAGCUUGUAAUUCCUCCAGAGUUGUCAUGGGCCUCCCUCACUAGUCCUCUUGCAUGGUCACUCGGUUUUUGAGGGCGGUCUGCUCUAGGCAGGUUUCCAGCUGUGCUUUAUUCAUUCCAUUUGUUGAUAAUUCACUUAACUGUACUCAAGGGAUAUUCAGUGACUUGGAAAUUUUUUUCAUAUCCAUCUCCUGACGUGCUUUCCAAUAACCUUUUUGUGGAGUUGUUUGGAGUGUCCUUUUGUCAUCUUGGUGUAGUUUUUGCCAGGAUACUGACUCACCCACAGUUGGACCUUCCAGAUACAGUUAAAUUUUUUACUACAAUUGAAACACCUUAACUGCACACGCGUUCAUAUAUAGCUAGGACACUUUAAUCCAAUUUGCUGCACCAGUGAUGAUUUGGUUUGUCAUAUUAAAGAGAGUGAAUAUUUGCACAAUCAAUUAUUUUUUAUUUGUAAAUAAUUUGGCUCACUUUGUAGAGAUCUGUUUUCAUUUAGACAUGAAAUACUUUUUCUGUUAAUCAGUGUUUUUAAAAAAAGUCAAAUUAAAUCCUCUGUGAUUCAGUCUUGUAGAACAAUAAAAUAUGACAACUUCCAUGGGGGUUGAAACUUAAUUCCAAUCACCCCAUUCCUGGAAAUUCCAAGACAAUAUCCUGGUUUGUGUAGCAUCUCCUGUUUUUAACAUUAAAGAUCCUAGUUUCAUUCCUGAACUUCCACCAGGACAGACAUAUCCUACUGAAGAUGAAAAGCGAUUCUUCCAUUGCUUUUUAUCUCCUGUACACCAAAGCCUCUGCUUUGCCAUCAUCUAACCAUAAUUGCUAAGAGCAUUUCUAAUGGAUUUAGUUAUCUUAGCCUGUACUGGACUUUAGCAUGUCCUCCGGCAAGAGUUGGAUGUGAAGACUGUCAGCUGAUUGAUGUGCCCCAACUUAGCUUCAGACUGAAAGCAGUUAUUAGUUGUGGGGUGGAGGGUUGGGGUGGAAACACAAUUCACAUUCCCAGUAGAACAAAUAAACAAAAUCUAACCGGCUCAGCAGCUUUACUUGUAGAAUUCACUUGAACCUAAGUGGAGUCAUGCCAAGAUAGGAAUGGACACAUUUGAUCACACACGAUAGCAUAUACUUUUCUUCCAAAUUUAGUUAGUAAUUUUUCAAUACGCAUUUCCUCCUGAAUUUGGCAUACGUAUGCGGAAUGGAACCAUGCUUAUAAAUGUCACUAGUAGUUGCAAAUUCUGACCUGUGGGAUAUGCUGAAGUACGUCAACAUUUUCUUUUUGUCGAUGUGAAUAGUUUUACUAGUGACUUGUCUUUAAAGAGACUACAAAGUUUAGGUAAUUUUGUUCCUAUUUUGUACUUCUAUUUCAUACUUCACCCUGUUUGCACGUGCACAGAAUGUUCCAUUCAGUGAAGCUGAUCCAGAGAAGCUGUUAGAGCACAAUUUGCCUAAUUUUAUUGAGGUUGGGCAGUGUUUGGUGUACAGCCAUGCCUUUAUGUUAAGGAGUUUGACUUGUACUUUAAAAUUGUCUUAUUUCCCAGCUUCACUGUAAACACACACCAGGACUGAACUAGUGUGUUGCUUGCCUUAGAGUCAGAUGUAACCACUUAGGAUAUUGAGCACUUGUUUUUUAAAGAACUGACAAAUAAAUGUUGCAAAUAUUAUGGGC